UUGGUAACCGGAGAGGAUUAAAAUUGUCCGUUGGGGAAAAAUGAGAAGGAGGGAUGAUCUGUAAUUUUGUUGUUGGGUGAGUGCGUCGAUUGGAUUGGAGGCGGAGACAAUCGAAGUGCAAACCAAGGGAUUCAUCAAUUCUGUUCUUCAGAUGGUUUGGCGGUGCUGUUGAAUUCUGCAAUGGCAUCGGCAGCGCCUAAUGUCGAUCUAUUCGAUGCUUAUUUUCGACGCGCCGAUUUGGAUCGCGACGGCCGUAUCAGCGGUGCCGAGGCCGUCUCCUUCUUCCAAGGCUCCGGUUUGCCCAAGCAUGUCCUUGCACAGAUUUGGGCAUUUGCAAACCAAAGCCAAAGUGGUUUCCUUGGCCGGGCAGAGUUUUACAAUGCCCUCAAACUUGUUACUGUGGCACAAAGUAAGCGGGAACUAACCCCCGAUAUGGUAAAAGCAGCAUUGUAUGGCCCGGCUGCAUCUAAGAUUCCUGCACCUCAAAUUAAUUUCAGUGCCACAGUUGCACCCCCUGUACCUGCACCUGCACCUGCACCACAGGCGGGUCCUGUUAAUCCUUUGUCCCACCAAAAUCUUGGACCAAGGGGGGCAGUUCCAAAUCUCAGCGUUAACCGACAAAACCUUCCUUCUCUGGGAAGUCAGUUGGGGAGGCCUCCAGCUCCUAAUCUACCACCUGGUAUGGCUGUUGGUGGAGCACGCCCUGAAACCCUCAACGUAUCAGGUUAUGGGUCCGCUGGCAAGAUGGGUGAAGCUCCAGAACUAACUUCCUCUCCGAUAGCAGUCAGAGGAAUUAGUUUCCCAGCUACGCAGGAGGGGUUUGGGCCUGCAACCUCUGGAUCAAAUGCGGCACGGCCACCUGGCCAAUAUCCUGCCUCCAGCAUAAAGCCGUCAGAUCAAAUCGUUAAGGAUUCUAAACCAGUCACUGUUAAUGGUAAUGCCCCUGAUUCAUUUUUUGGAGGUGAUUUAUUCUCAGCUAAUUCGUUUCAGCCCAAGCAAGUUAGUUCUCUACAAGGAUAUUCUUCUGGCAGUUCAGUGCUUUCUUCAGCUAUUGUUCCUGUAUCCGAAGGAAACCAGCCUUCUAUUAGGACUACUACCCCUGAUUCUUUGCAGAGCUCACUUGUUGUAUCCCAUCCUGUUGGUGCUCAGCUUCAGAAAGCCCAGCCUGUGAGUGCUCAGCUUCAGCAAGUCCAGCCUGUUGGUGCUCAGCUUCAGCAAACCCAGGCUGUGGUAAAACAGGACCAACAUGUCCCAGUCCAAACACAUAACAUGCUGAAUUCAUCUGGAACUCCUAGGAGAUUGCAGGAUUCUGCUUCCAGUCAGCCCCAGUCUCCAUGGCCAAAGAUGGCACAAACCGAUGUUCAGAAAUAUAUGAAAGUAUUCAUGGAAGUAGACACAGAUAGAGACGGGAAAAUAACUGGGGAACAAGCACGGAACCUAUUUCUUAGUUGGAGGUUGCCAAGAGAGGUUUUAAAGCAGGUCUGGGACUUAUCCGAUCAAGAUAAUGAUAGCAUGCUUUCUCUCAGGGAGUUUUGUAUUGCGUUGUACCUAAUGGAGCGACAUAGAGAAGGACGUGUUCUUCCAGCAGUACUUCCUAGUAAUAUCAUGGUUGAUUUACCAACUAGUGGUCAACCUGCUGCUCCCUACAGUGCUGUACCUUGGGGAAAUCCGUCAGGUUUUCAACAACAAGGGAUGACUGGUUCUGGGGCUCGACAAGUGAAUCCUGCUUCUGGUCGGCCGCCAAGGCCAGCUGCUGUCUCUCAGUCUGAUGAAGGACCUCAGAACAAACCACAGAAAUCUAGAAUUCCAGUCUUGGAGAAGCACCUCAUAAAUCAGCUGAGUUCAGAUGAGCAAAAUUCAAUUAAUUCAAAGUUUCAAGAAGCAACAGAAGCUGAUAAGAAGGUGGAAGAACUUGAGAAAGAGAUUGCGGAGUCCAAAGAGAAAAUAGACUUCUGCCGUGCAAAAAUGCAAGAACUUGUUCUAUACAAAAGCAGAUGUGACAAUCGGCUUAAUGAGGUCAUAGAAAGAAUAUCAGCUGAUAAACAUGAGGUUGAGAUUCUAGCAAAGAAAUAUGAAAAUAAAUAUAAGCAAGUAGGAGAUUUAUCAUCCAAGUUAACUACUGAGGAAGCCACAUUUCGUGACAUACAGGAGAAAAAAAUUGAAUUGUAUCAAGCGAUUGUAAAGAUGGAACAGGAUGAAAAAGGUGAUGAAACUCUGCAGGCUCGUGUUGAUCGUAUCCAAACGGACCUUGAUGAGCUGGUGAAAUCUCUGAAUGAGCGGUGCAAGAAGUAUGGAUUACGUGCUAAGCCCACAACAUUACUGGAGCUACCCUUUGGCUGGCAACCCGGAAUCCAAGAAGGAGCUGCUGACUGGGAUGAAGAUUGGGAUAAGCUUGAAGAUAAAGAAUAUGUUUUUGUCAAAGAACUCACUCUUGAUGUCCAAAACACUAUAGCGCCUCCAAAGCAAAAGUUGCCAUCAGCUGUGAACACAAAAGCUGUGAACACAAAAGCUGUGAACACAGAAGCUGCGAACACAAAAGCUGUGAACACAGAAGCUGUGAACACUGACAGUCCUACAUUUGCAGCUUCUCCUAGGAGUGAUGACAAGUCAGAAAAGCCACAGACUACCAAUGAACAAGUUGGCAAUGGAUCUGUUUAUAAUAAAAGUGAAGAUGGGUCUGCAAAAAGUGCUCCCAGUAGUCCAUUUGCAAGCAGUGCUAUUGGAAGUCCACAUGGGGACUUUGCUGAUUCUGACUUUAGAAAAACUACUGGUGAAGAUAGUUCACCCCGUGAUCAUACCAUACAAGAAUCCCAAAGUGAUCGUGGUGAUGUGAAGUCUGUGUUUUCUGGAGACAAAAAUUUUGAUGAACCAAAUUGGGGAACCUUUGACGCUAAUGAUGAUAUUGAUUCAGUUUGGGGAUUCAAUGCCAAUAGCACCACUAAGGAGGAGAGAGAUUUUGAGGGAGCUGGAGACAACUAUUUCUUUGAUUCUGGAGAACUGGGCUUAAACCCCAUCAAAACAGGUUCACCACAGGUUGGUGAUCCUGUCCAGAGGAACAGUGGAUUCAAUUUUGAUGAUUCUGUUCCAAGCACGCCACUUUUCAAUUCUAGUAGCUCUCCGCAAAGGCCAAAAGAGUGGUUGGAAACUGCUUUUGACUUCUCAAGAUUUGAUUCUUUCAGAACACACGACAGUGUACCUCUGCCUGCUAGGGAGGCGACAGAACAAUUUGAUUCAGUACGCAACAGUGUGGAUUUUGAUCAUGUUCAUGGAUUUCCAGCAUUUGAUGACUCCGAUCUCUUCGGCUCUGGGCCGUUUAGGACUUCAUCGGAUAGUCAAACUCCCAGAAAAGAAUCUGAUAGUUGGAGCGCAUUUUAGCUUAGCAAAUUCACACAAUGCAUUAUUUGUAGUUUUGGUGGAGUGGGUUGUCUGUUAGUCUUACUAUUUGGACCUGUUAUAAGUGUAAUGUAUUAUCUUUAUUUUAUCCUGUGUAUUCUUUGUUCCUCACUUUUUUUCUUUGGGGAAGGGCGCGGCAUUGUCUCCACUCCAGCAAUCUCACUUCCCUUAAUUGAAACUGAAGGCCUGUCUAUAUUUUUGGUUUGUUGGUUGAUACUUUUCCAUACUCCUGCACAAGAGAUUGUGGUAUUGAUGACUGUCUCAUUUGAGUGAUGUUUGCUCAGCGGAAU